CGUCCGGAACCACGUCUCCCCCUCCCUCCGUUUCCAUUUUACUUCCCCCACCAUCACCCUACCAAGGCCUCUUUCAGGCCAGGUGUCAGAGCGCUCAUCAGCCGGGAGAUGCAGCCUCUGGUCUGCCGCACACGGACAGCGGGCUCGGAGCUGCCGCAGAGCGCCUCAGCUCCCGCCGGACGCAGCGUCCCGGACUGCUUCUAACACUUUGAAACCACAUAAAAAGGACAUAUUUCUUCUCAAUCAUUUUUAUUUUCCCCCCUCAUUUUUAUAGAGAGAGCAAAGCAAGCUACGUUCAAUGCACAGCCAUGCUUCUCAUCUCGUCUCGCAGGGCGCUGCUGUCGGUCUACUACCCGCAGAUCUUCCUCAUCCUCACCAGCGGUAGCUACCUGGCGUUGUCCUCCGUAGUGGCCCUGGGUGCCAACAUCAUCUGCAACAAGAUACCAGGACUGGCGCCCCGUCAGAGGGCCCUUUGCCAGAGUCGCCCGGACGCCAUCAUCGUCAUCGGCGAGGGCGCCCAGCUGGGCAUCAACGAGUGCCAGUACCAGUUCCGCUAUGGCCGCUGGAACUGCUCGGCCCUGGGAGAGCGGACAGUCUUCGGACAAGAGCUGAGAGUAGGCAGCAGGGAAGCAGCCUUCACCUAUGCCAUUACAGCGGCUGGAGUUGCCCACGCGGUGACGGCCGCCUGUAGCCAAGGCAACCUUAGCCAGUGUGGCUGCGAUCGCGAGAAGCAGGGCUACCACAACCGGGAGGAGGGCUGGAAGUGGGGGGGCUGCUCGGCGGACGUCAAGUAUGGUGUGGAGUUUUCUCGACGCUUCGUGGACGCUCGUGAGAUCAAGAAAAACGCCCGCAGGCUGAUGAACCUCCACAACAAUGAAGCUGGUCGAAAGAUCCUGGAGGAGAGAACGAAGCUGGAGUGCAAGUGUCACGGCGUGUCUGGUUCCUGCACCACCAAGACCUGCUGGAUCACCCUGCCGAGGUUCAGAGAAGUCGGUUACCUGUUGAAGGAGCGCUACAGCGACGCGGUUCAAGUGGAGCCUGUCCGGGCCUCACGGCUUCGCCAGCCCUCCUUCCUGCGACUGAAACAGGCUCGGGGCUACCAGAAGCCCACAGAGACUGACCUGGUGUACCUGGAGCGCUCUCCGAACUACUGCGAGGAGGACAUGGUCACAGGGAGUGCAGGGACGAGAGGGAGGCUGUGCAACGGCACCUCCACCCACACUGACAGCUGCAACUUGAUGUGCUGCGGCCGAGGCUACAACACGCACCACUACACACGGGUCUGGCAGUGCAACUGCAAGUUCCACUGGUGCUGUUUUGUCAAGUGCAACACCUGCAGUGAGAAAUCAGAGGUUUUCACCUGCAAGUAGGUGCAAGGAAAAGUGGACUCUGAAAGGAGGGACUUUAAUAUAUUUAUUACAUUUUGCACAUUUUGGCAUCCUAUUAAGAACCUCCUAAAGAAAAGGAAACACACGCUGAAUAUGGAAAUCACUGGGAGCAACAUAGACAAACAUCUGACACUUUGAAAAGGUUUUCAUACCAUUUAACUUUUUCACAUUUUUUCACGCAACAGCCACAAGCUUUAAUGUAUUUUGCUGGGAUCUUGCACGAUAGACCAAUACAAACUAGUUAGGUGAGAAGGAAAAACUAUUCUCAAGACUUUCCACAGAUUUUUAAUUGGAUUUAGAUCUGAACAUUGAUUGGGCCACUAACAAAAUCUCUGUAGCUCGGGUUGUAUGUUUCAGGAUAUUGUCCUGCAGGAAGAUGAACCACAGCAUGAUUCUGCCACCACCAUGUUUCACUGUGAGGAUGAUGCGUUCAGGCUGAAAGCAUUUGGCACGCAGGCCAAAACGUUCAACUCGAAGUCUCAUCUGACCAGCGCACAUUCUUCCUCCCACAACAUGGCCUGUGGCAUCCUGAAAAUUGGACCUAUUUUAGUUAUCUUUCAAAGAUAGCUUUUCUUCUUGCCACUCUGGAUUUCACAACAGACAAAAAAAAACAAAAACCUGUUAGAAUGUAAAACCCCAGGCUCAAGUCUUUUACAGGUUUUUUUCCAGAAUAUUAUACCUGCUUAAGCCAAGCAUUCCCACAGCAUGAUGCUGCCACCACUAUGUUUCACCAUAAGGAUGUUUAGAGUGAACUUACCAAAGCACCUUCUUCAACGUGUUUUCUGUGACCCAUCUGAUGUGUUUCUUGAUAUUCAUGAACUUCAUGUUCCCCAACAAACAGAUCUAUUUUACUGAGAAAUUACAAGUGGUCAUUUACCUUCUGAAUUUAUUUAGGGGGCAUCAGAGUAAAGGGGGGCAAAUACAAAUGUAUGCCACACUUUUCAGAUGUUUAUUUGGAAAAAUGUUUGAAAUCCACAGAUAUAUUUUUUUCCACUUCACAAUUAUGCACUAAUUUAUAUUGGUCUACCACAUAAAAUUGUUAAAAUGCAUUUAAGUUUGUGGUCAUAACGAGACAAAACGUAAAGGUUUCAGAAGCAGGAUUAUUUUUGCAUGGAACUCCAGUUGCUUCCAUAUUGGUGCGAGGACCCGGCAUCUUUUUUGGCAUUCAGCGAAGGCUGUUAUUUUCAAGAUGAAACAUAUUUUGAGAAGAACAUAAAUAAGGAGACCGUUCAUCAGACAUGCACUCUGGACUGCCCUGGAAGACGCCAGGCUCUUUAUGAGGCCCCAAAGGUGGCAGCCGAGCAUCUUCUCACACUGUAUUCUGUUUAAACACUGAAACAAUUAAACUAUUAUUUAUAGAAAACAUAUUAUAAGUGGACAUCUCACACCACUCACAUAUUUCCUUCACUAUGAUCAUCAUUGCCUAUUUAAAGUGAAUUGUAACUUCUUAGGCCCAGUGAGAUGGUGACAUUUCUUCAUUCUUUGCCGUAGAACAUAAGUUUUACACUAAGGGUUGGUGCAGAACUGGCACAUUUUAUGCAUAAGCCAUAAUCCCACGGUGUUUCUUUUGCCAACAAAUGCAUUACUUUAAGCAUCCAACAUUUGAGUCUGAAUGGCACUCCAUCCUGACUGUGCUCAUUGUCUUGCCGUUGGACGAGGCCUGUGCCCCGCAGGAAACCACGCAACCCUCGUUGGAAGUCCACAGAGGAGCAAUCGGGUCCAGAAACAUCCAGCGUCCCCGUGAACGGGCUGAGACAUAGAAUUCCAUGCAGCAGCCUCUGCUUACACAAAGCCUUCCAGCGUGGUUUAGGCCUGCUCAGGCGGAUGGCAUGGGACCCUAACCACAUCAAAGUGGGGGGUUCAUCGAUGCUAUUUCUGGACAGCAACCUUUAAUGCUUUUACAACUGUUUAUUUAGGCUUUGUAUGAGUUACAAAACAAGUGGAGUAUAUUUUUAUAUGAAGAAUGUGGCACUUUAUGUCAUUUCUAGCAGGAAAGAGAUUGGCUCUUAUUGUCAUUUUAUUCAUAUUUAAAAGCUAUAACUUAUUUUGAAUUUUGGAAUAAAGCUGAAAAGAAAGCUGAAA